CGCAGUGCUACACCCGCAGCAACAACGAAACUCACCUUUUCUUUCUUUUUUUCUUACUCUGCCCCUUCUUCUUCUUAUUCUCCAACCCCUUUAUCUUCCGUCUCCAUCAUGAUCCAUGCUACUGAUUCUUUGGAUUAUCUAAAGGAAAAGGAACCGCAUGCUUGUAGAUUUGUGUGCGUCUCGGAUACCCACGGCAGACUCAACUUUUCAUUCCCUAUACCCGAUGGUGACGUAUUUGUCCAUGCCGGCGACUUGACAAGAGUCAGCUCGUACGACGAAUUCGAGAGAACUAUCGCUUGGAUUGAAUCACUACCUCACAAGAUAAAAAUCGUUACAGCAGGCAACCAUGACCAUGUUCUCGACGAUAAAUUUGGAUUCGUGAAGGACAAGCAACAAUUCUUGGCAAGAAUGGACCAUGCAAACAUCACUUAUUUGGAGCAUGAGUCCUUCCGACUACCGCAGUCGCUUGGUAGACACAAGAUGUUCGUUAGUCCAUAUGCACCCUUCCACAUCGGAGGCGCGUUCAUGCUGCAUAGUCUACGCAAUAUAUGGGAAGCGAUCCCUGAAGAUAUUGACAUUCUGGUUACUCAUACCCCUCCAUUUGGCUAUCAAGACCGAAUUGCUCGCGGCGGGCAACAUGUUGGCUGCCCACAUCUUAGAACCAAAGUUGAAGCGAUCCGACCACGAGUACACAUUUUCGGUCACAUUCACGAAGAUCAUGGCUGGCAGUACACACCGAACGGAGCAACAUUAAUGAUUAACGCGUGCAUUUGCGAUCGGCGGUACAGAGCUAGCCAACGCCCUGUUGUAUUUGAUAUAUAAAUAGAGUAGAGUAGACCCCACCGAAAAAAGUAAUAGAAGCUUCUUUCCAA